AUGAGCUGCACAGUGCUGUCCCCUCAUUCCCGUAUAGCGCAGGAUGUCCAAAGGACGUCCAUUUUAAGUCCCCACAUCCCAAUCGUAUCCCAAUACGUAACGGAUUUAAAAUGGACAUCCGUCGGAUUUGUGAUAUGGGGAGAGAAAUCGACAUGGAAAGAUUUCCUCAUGAUGGCGGGUGACUUUGAUAUAUCUUCUAAUUCAUCGUCGAAUUCUUCAUCUCCAUUUCGUUCCCCUGCAGCAUCAACGUCAUCAUCACGAUCAGUGAUAACCAAAAAAGUAAAAACACAAAUUAGAUAUAGGCCUUACAGUGCUAGAUAUAAGCGUAAAAGGGUUCAAAAAGAACUUAAUUCCCAAAUUUAUAUUGAAACUAAAUGUGGGACGGCACCACCGAUCCCUCAUUUGUCAUCAGAAUCCGACGAGUUGUCAUCAGAUGAUGAUUUCUAUAGCUGUGUUGAUGUUGAAUCGAGCGCAUCAUUUCAAGACUUUUACGAUUCUGGUAGACUUAGUGAUUUUACCCCUGAUUCGUCAGAUACUGAUGAUGUGGAUUUUGAUGAUGAGGAUUUUUUAGUACGAAAUAUUUUAUUGAGACAUUAUGAAGACGGUAGUGGGAAACAGGGAAUUUUUGACGACAAUAAUGUUGGAAAUGAUGAGCGUCCUACAUUUAGGCAGCUGUUCUCUGUUUGGGUAACUAUUUGGGGAAUUUGUCAAAAUGCUGUCGAUGAUCUACUGUCUCUAUUUAGAAGUCAGUCUUGGGGAUUAGAUUUACCUAAAACGUGUCGGUCCCUUUUAAAAACUCCGCGUUCUGUCAAUGUAAAAGAUAUACCGCCUGGGAAAUAUCAUCAUUUCGGAAUUCUGAAUGGAAUAAUACGCAUACUAAAUUUAAUUUCAGAAUCAGACAUUCCAUUUGAGAUCUUUAUUUUUGUCAACGUAGACGGCCUUCCAAUCGCAAAGAGUAGUGGGAGCCAAUUGUGGCCAAUCCUAGCUAUGAUUUCAAAUAUUCACUUUCGACAAGUGUUUUGCGUUGGGCUUUUUCAUGGUAGUGAAAAACCGCAUUUCUCGUGUGAAUAUCUUGCCGAUUUCAUAUCUGAGGCACUUAAUCUAUGUAAUAAUGGUUUUACGUACAAAGGUCGCACUCAUAUUUUAAAAAUUGAUGGUUUCAUAUGCGAUGCUCCUGUUCGGUCCUUCAUUUUGGGGGUUAAAAGUCAUUCUGGUUACUUUGGUUGCACGAGAUGCAUACAACAGGGAGAAUAUCUUGGCAGGGUUGUCUUUUUAGAGCGUGACUCUCCUGCGAGAACGGAUCAAUCGUUUCGGAAUCGCCAACAUGAAGAUCAUCAUGUCGGCGAUUCCAUUCUUGAAAGACUUGAUAUCGACAUGGUAAAGGAUAUCCCCCUUGACCCUAUGCACUUAGUAAAACUUGGUGUUAGUAGAAAAUUACUCUUGACUUGGAUUCGUGGCCCAUUACACCACAGACUGCUCAAGUCGCAAGUUUUAGUGUUGUCAUCUCGAUUAGAGGAUUUACGAGAUUAUGUCCCAAAAGAAUAUCCGAGAAAAACCAGGUCAUUAAAAUUUGUUGAUCGAAUGAAGGCAACGGAACAUGGAUUUGUUCAUUCUUGUGUCGGUCCCACUUUGAAAAAACUAAUAAGAAAGAGUGACAAGCCCUUACAACAGAUAGCGAAGCGUUUGGUAGAGUUGGGAAAUUUUGACUUUGCCAAAAACAAGAAGGAAGUGUCAGUUCACAAUCGUGUUUUCCGUUUCGAGCAUGACAAAGGCCCCUUACUGCCCGGUCUCCGCUUCCGUUCAAUAAUCCAGUACAGGGAAUUGAGGGAUAUGACUGUCUUUUGCAUAGAAAACAUUAUUAAAACAGAGAACAACUCUUUAUUUAUUGGUCGGCGAUUCAAUCAAACAAGUGAUCUCUACUCUUAUCCUAUUAGAUCUUCUUGUUACCACAUCUAUUCUCCUAAAUUUGCAAUUGUCGAGGAAAUCACUGAAGAUGUUGAUGAUGUUGACAAGUGGGUGGAAGUUGUAUGUGAGAGUUGGUUUGAUGGUGAAUACUGUUUAUUUCCUCCGAAAAGCAAAGAAAAAUAUAUUACGACUUAUGUAAAAACAUGUCAUCAACCAGACUCAAGUUGGGUCAAAUAUCCUGCAAAAUUAAUCAAAACAUAUGCAUCUUACGAUGAAGCAAGACAAAAACUCAAUAAAGCAGUUAAGGGGGAUGAUCUGUGUACAACCGACGCAGAUGAAAGGAAAAAAACCAGAAAAUCGCGAAUGUCAAAAUUUUCCCGAGAAGAUAAAAAUGAAGAUGAUGACAUGGCAAUCAAUCGUUCAAAGAAAACAUCUUUUAAAAGAAUUCGGCAAUUCCCGGCUAGUGGCAGCGAAGACGAAAUGGCGAAUUCUCCUGUUCCGCCAAAACCACCAGCAAUUGCAUUAGCCAAUACCAAGCUUUCCUCACAAAGCAAUCUACAAUCUCAACGUUCUUGCAUCAAAAGAACAAAAAGUUUGCCAUCAAACAGUAAGAAGCCAACCAGAAAUGAGAAUGUGAGAUGCUUUCCUGAAAAGCAAACAGGUUUGCGAGAUACAACUAGCAAGCCAAAUGACUCGUUUAAAGACGACAGCGACAUACUUUCGUUUUCAGAUCGAACUCAUCAUUUUUCCACCCGAUAUCGUCCUGUAAAUUACGGGUAUUCUGUUCCAGAAUUUGGAGAUGAAGGCGAAUUUCAGUCAAUGGACACUGAUUUGAACCAGUCAAACAGUGAAAAUCCAGCAAACACCAGAAUUAAUCAUGCGAGACAUGGAUCUGAAAAGCAUAGUUUGCAACCUAAUACGUCCAGCAACAGCAUUGACACAAUUGAAGAUGAUGGUAAUAUUUCCAAAAAUAUUCCAUUACCGUUUUCAGACAUCGUCCAGUAA